AUGCCAGCGCGGCACGCGCUCCUGGUCGCCGCGACGCUGGUGAGCGAGUCGUCGUGCAUCGCCAACGUUGCGGCGCCGUUGCGUGUCGCCGACGUGCGCUGCGACGCUGUGACUGGAGUCUGGACGCUCCAGCUCCCCGACGGCGUGAGCGGCGACGGCCUACCAACGGCCGGCCCGCCGACGGCCGGCCCGCUGCUGCCGAGCCUUCCGAGCGGCGCGGUGCUUGACCUGGAGCAGCGACGUUUGGAGGGCGACGGCAACGUCGGGUACCGGCUUUGGCGCUCCGCUGGCGCAAUGUGCCGCUGGAUGCGGCGCAACGAGGGUGCUGUGCGGGGCGCCCGAGUGCUCGAGCUCGGCGCGGGGACCGGCGCGGUGGGCAUAUUUGCUGCGGCGCUCGGCGCACGGGAGGUGGUGCUCACCGACGGCGAGGCCGGACUUUUGCCGCUCCUCGCGUCGAACGCGCGGCGCAACCGGCCGCUCCUCUCGCACAGUACCGAGGUGACGGCGGGGCGGUGGCGCUUUGGUGACGAUCCGCCCGCGUGCGCUCGCGCCGGCGCGUUCGACCUCGUCCUCGGAACGGACAUCACCUACUCGGUCAACACCGAGCGAGACGCGCUGUGCGGCACUUUGCGGCGCCUCCUCGAAAUCGGGCCCGACAACGGCCGCGCCGCGCGCUGCCUUAUCGCGCACGAGCACCGGAGGGCGGACAUGUUUGACGUGGAGGCCGUGCUGCUUGCCAACGAGCCGGCUGCCGCGUGGGACGCGAGAGACGUGUGCCUCGGCACCUUCCUCGCGUCCGCUCGCGAGCACGGGCUGCGCGUCGCUCCGCUCGUCACGGAGGCCGGCCGGCGCGUGCAGCGCGCGCCGGGCGUGGUGGAGAUGACCACUGACCUGACCGUCUUUGAGGUGUCGCGAGACGAGCUGCACGCAGACCCGACUUUGUAG